AUGACCGCCUUUGCAGAUCAAUCCUCUUGUGCCAAAGCUUCCAUCGUCAACAGUGAAUCCUCCGACGAUGAAAACGCUUUCAACCACCACUCCUCUCUGAACGCCCCUUGCACGAGUCAACCCUCCAGGCACAGGAGAAGGAAUACCCUCAACAUACUCAUUCAUGCAACCAUGCAGUUGUUAACCUCUCCCUCGACCUCUCCGACCUCACUCGAAAAACCACGUGCCUCUCCGUCGUCCAUCACCUUUGCCGAAUCCUCGUACAUCUCUUUCCCCGAAUAUGAGACUUAUGAUUACGACGAGAAAAUCGAUGAUCCCCUUGGUUCCCGAGAAGAGGUCGAGGACAUGGUGAUUCAAAUGGUAAAAUUCGACGAAAUGCUGGUCAACGGUGUCCGGGUGCCCACCACCCAUCCCAUCUAA